AUGGGUUUUCCACAUUGGAAAAAAGCGGUAGCAAGAAAUGAAACUGCAGCUGAUCUCAAUUAUGGUUUUACUUAUACAUACAUCGGUUUAUUUACUCGAUGUAUACCAUCACCUAACUCUAAAGCAGAAUUAUGCUUUCCUAAUCUAUAUCCUAAAACUGAUGGUUGCGCGUCUUAUCUUGAUUGUGUAUAUCAAACCAAUUCAAACUGUUCAUGUGAUUAUUUACCAUCGACAAAAGGUAUUGCAGCAUGUGCAAUCAUUGCUUCUAUCUUUCUUGGUCUCGCGAUUAUUAUUCUAUUCAUUCAUUCGAUUAAUACAUCUGAAACUCGUUCAAUAGGCUUGGUUCUUGGUCUAUUUCCAUUAAUAUUACUUAUAUUAACAUUUAUAUUUAUUCUUAUUACACUUAUACUUAUCGGAUGUUAUUUAUCACGAGAUAUAAUGACUCUUGUACGUUAUUAUCCAGAUACAAGUUCCGAUCUACCAACACUUAGAUCUCGUGCACGUGAUGCAUAUAAAGUACGAGUGGAUUGGUCAACUGGACUAGAAAUUAUCUCAUUAGUCUUCACAUUUUUAUCAUUAAUUCUCUACAGUGUAUUUGUAUUUAAAGUUGGACGAUCAUCAUAA